AUGCCUACCGUUGCAGUGGACAAAGCAGAUCUCUUUGAGCGCCUAGGGACAACAUACACUACUGAAGAAUUCGAUCAGUUAUGCUUCGAUUUUGGCGUAGAGUUGGACGAAGAUACAACCGAAGAAGUCAAGGAUAACAUAAAAAAAGGGCUUCCCGCUGAACGACCGCAACUAAAAAUCGAAAUACCUGCAAACAGAUACGAUCUUUUAUGCAUUGAAGGGAUCGCCAGAGCUUUACGGGUCUUCCUACAGAAAUCGCGCGCACCUACCUAUAAGCUUGUGCCACCAGAAAACGGGGGGUUACUAACUAUAUAUGUAAAGCCGGAGACUGGGCGCGUACGACCAUACUUUGCUGGGGCAAUUUUGCGUGACAUCAAGUUCACUCCGCGGUCAUAUGCAUCCUUUAUCGACCUUCAAGACAAGCUUCAUCAGAAUAUCGGUCGCAGGCGACAACUGGUCGCCAUUGGGACACACGAUUUGGAUACUCUCACACCUCCGUUCCGCUAUGAAGCACGGCCCCCACAGAGUAUCAAAUUUGUACCUUUAAACCAGCAGCAAGAGUUUACGGCCGAAAACCUCAUGAAGCACUACGAGAACGACAAGCACCUGUCAAAAUAUCUUCAUAUCAUUCGAGAUUCAUCUGUCUAUCCAAUAAUAUACGAUAGAACCGACACUGUACUUUCGAUGCCUCCAAUUAUCAACUCUGAACACUCGAAGAUUACCCUAGGCACAAGGAACAUUUUUAUCGACGUGACAGCCACGGACGAAACGAAGCUGGCUAUUGUCGUGAACAUGGUAGCUCUCAUGUUUUCCGAAUAUUGUGCGGAGAAAUUUACUGUAGAACCGGUCCGGAUCGUGCUACCAGAUGGGACAGAACGUGUCGCCCCUGACAUAUCCUCUAGAAAAACAGCUGCGCGUAUCUCCUAUAUCAAUGGCGUCACGGGCUUGUCCCUUCCUCCGGCUAGGAUUAUUAAGCUCCUCAAUCAAAUGACAUUAUCCGCUACUCAAUCGGAAUCCUCGCAGGACGAACUUGGUGUUGAGAUACCGCCAACGCGUCCGGAUAUACUUCAUGAAUGUGACAUUGUAGAGGACGCCGCCAUUGCGUAUGGAUUUAAUAACCUUACCAAGACUUUCCCAUCCACAAGCACCGUUGCGCAGCCAUUGGGUGUGAGCAAACUCAGUGAUCUUAUUCGGAACGAAUGCGCACAGGCGGGUUGGGUUGAAGUAUUGCCUCUGAUCUUGUGUUCGCACGAUGAGAACUUCGCCUUUUUAAACCACGCAGAUGAUGGGAAGACGGCAGUAAAACUUGCUAAUCCCAAGACCACGGAAUACCAGGUCGUGCGCACGACCCUUAUACCAGGCCUCCUUAAAACGAUUAGGGAGAAUCGUAAUCACCCGCUCCCCAUUCGCGUCUUUGAAUCCUCUGAUAUAGUCGUCAAGAACCCCUCAGUCGAGCGUCAAGCCCAGAACAUCCGCAAAGUAGGCGCCGUUUGGUGUAAUAAGACAGCUGGUUUUGAAGUUGUUCACGGAUUAUUGGACCGUAUAAUGACAAUUCUUGAAAUCCCUCGGAUUUUGAGCACGGAUAAGACGUCUAAACAUGGGUAUUACAUCAAGGAAGUGGACGAUGCGAUGUUCUUCCCUGGCCGUGCUGCUACAGUCUGUUACAGACUUAACACCUCAACUCCCUCACCGAAGAGCAAAGUGGCAGUUUCCAAGGAUGCCCUAAAGUCAGUCGUAGGUACGGGCGAUUCGCAGCAAGACCUCGAAGUCGGCACCCUGGGUAUUCUUCAUCCCACCGUCUUGCAGAAUUUCGAAAUUGGGUACCCAUGCUCGUCCCUCGAACUCAAUCUCGAACCCUUCAAGAAGGACGUUGUUUACGUGUGGGAAGAUGAAGUGAAUCCCUGAGGGACCCCGAGGGGCAUGUGUCUGGAAAUGGGGGACGACAGUGUCGUGAGUGGGGUUUGCGACGUGUGGCCACAAUGUCAUCACGGUGCUGUCUAGACCUGGUAGGAGCAUGCUUAUCUACUCUCGACGGUUUUCACUUGCAAAGCCUGUGUGUCAUAUCCUUUUUGGGCUCAUGAUCGGUUGACGUGACAUGUUUCGGCUCCGA